AAAGAAAUAAUAAUCGUCAACGUUUAACGAAUGGCGCCAUCCGAUUUCAUUUCAUUGAUGGCAUUCAUCCAUUUAUCAUCAUCAUCAUCAUCAUUAACAUCAUUUUACCUCACUGACUUUCACACACACACAUAGAAAUUACCAUCAUCGACAUUCUUUUUUCUUCUUUAUUUGGAAAUUCUUUUUUCGAAAAUAUCAUUUAAUUCCUGUAUUAUUUGAUUGCAUAUCCCUUCGUUGUUCGGCAUGGCUUCAUCAUCAUCCGGUUCAAUGAUUCCUGGUCGUUCAGCAUUGAAAAAACGUCCAAUCGAUCCAAAACAAGGCCGUUAUGAACGUAGCCGUGCACGUGAUUCAUAUAAACGACAGUUAAAUAUUUUUAAAGCAAAAUUUGAAGCCAAUUUACGUGAAUAUGAUUGUUUAGAUUUUGAUGCAAAACAAGCGAUUCGUAUUCGUGCAAAACGUCAACGUGAAAUAUGUCUGAAUGAUUAUCGUCAAGGAUUACUUGGCCUAGCACGGUCAUCAUUUCGUCGAACAUAUAAAGAUAUAUUUCUUGGUGAACGAGAAACAUCAAUCGAAUCAUUGGAUCCAAAUGUUUUAGAAUAUGAAUUACGUUUAACAUCCGAAAUGGAUACUAUUAUUGAUAAUAUUCGUUUAUUAUGUGUGGAUAAAUCAAAUCUUUCGAAAAUGGAUUGGUUUUCAAAUUUAGCACGUGCAAAAUUUUCCUAUGAAUUUGAUCAACAAAAUCAAAUUGAUACCGAAACAUUAUCAUUAUUACCCGAUCCAAAAGAAUCCAAUGAUAAUGAAAAUAUCGAUGAAUUACAAUCAAAUUAUGAUGGUAUUAAUGAAUCGGAAAUUGAUCCAGAAAUAGCAUCAACUAUUGGUAGUUCUGGUUAUGUUUAUCGACCAUUUAGACAUCGAAAUCGUCAUAAUUUAUAUCGUUCUAAUGUUGAUGAACCAGAUCCUACGGAAUAUAAUUAUGAUUGGCAACGAUUAUAUGAUUCAAAACCAGAACAUCGAACAAUACCUGAAUAUGAAACUGAAUCAUUAACUGAUCAUUAUGAUUAUGAACCAUUUCAACCAUUCAGUGAUGAACCUAUUGGUCUUCGUCGUAAUCGUUAUACAAAUUCAUCAUUAGAUCCUGAAUGGCAAUCAAAAAGUUCUGUUUAUUCAUAUCAUCGACCAAAACAACCUAUACAACGUUUUACACCGAAUCGUUUUGAUUUAAAUCUUGAUUCAAUUUGUCCAACAUAUGGUUAUGGAAAUGAGAAUGCUGAUGAUGGUGAUAAAGAAACAAUAACAAGUGAAGGAAUGAUGGCUGGAAUUGAUUAUGAAUAUAAACCAAUAAUACCAUCAUAUAUACGUAAUGGUAAUCGUUCAAAAGGAUCAUCAUCAAAUCGAUUUAAUUAUGACCAACAUGAUGAUGAUGAUAAUGAUGAUGAUUAUGAACCAUCAACAACAUCAUGGCAACCGGAACCAAAUAAUCUUUUAUCAUCAGAACGACGAAGACGUAGAAGUCAACAAUCAUUAUCGAUGGAACCACAAUUUUCAUCAACAACAACAUCAUCAUUAUCAUCAGCUCAACCAUUUCGAUCACAUGUACGGUUUGAUGAUGAUGAUAAUGAUGAUCAACCGAUUAAAUCUGGACACAAUGAAUUUAAUGAUGAUCAAUAAUUUUGAAAAAUAAUUUUUUCUUU